AUGCAGUAUCAACAGCAACGAAAUUUCUUAACGUUUGUUGUAAUCAUCUGCCUAAUCUCUAUCAAGUUUGUUUCCAGUUUUCCAUUUAUUACACGUUGUUCCGGUAAAGCAGCCAACAUGAUCUUCGUUUUGGAUUCUUCAAGCAGCGUUUGGAUUGUCGAUUACAACAAACAACUGAAGUUCGUUGAGAAACUCGUCGAACCUUUCGACGUCGGUCCGGCAGACUCCCAAGUCCACGUCGGCGCCAUUACCUUCAGCAGUCAUGCCCAUCUGGAAUUCUCCCUGGACAAAUACACAGACAAAGACCAACUGAAAAAGGCAAUUGCCAGUAUUCCCUACCGACAAGGACAGACCAACACAGCCGAAGCGCUCAGACUUGUCAGAAUGGAAGUUAAUUCCCACCUAAAAACAUCGACUGCUCCCUUCAUUGUUGUAGUCAUCACAGACGGUAUGUCGAGUAAUACGAAAGACACUCGGAAGCAAGCGAAAAGACUUCAUAAACUCGGAGUCAAUGUCUACGCCAUUGGUGUUGGAUAUUAUUAUCAUUUGUCUGAAUUGUAUGGUAUUGCUAGCCGUCCUAAAAACGUGUACACGGUGUCUAGUUAUUCUUCACUGGAAAGCAUUGUCAAGACUUUUAACAUAAAGUCAUGUAAAGACAUUCAGAUUACAACAACUCCUAAGGCAACUACCACCACCACCACAACGACACCAGCUCCAACUACCACACCGACUACGACCCCGAUUCCUACGACCACCACAACGACACCAGCUCCAACUACCACACCGACUACGACCCCGAUUCCUACGACCACCACAAUGACAACAACACCCACAACCACAACCACAACUUUGCCGCCUACCACAACUACCACUACCCCUGCCCCAACUACCACAACCGAAGAACCAACCACAACCUCCCCGGAGCCCCUGCAGAGAGACGAUUCAAGUAUGUAUGACACUGUUUUGGUUUUAUUUUCUUACGCGUAUAUUCCAUUAUGA